AUGCGUAGGGGCGAUCCAAAACUGAGCGGCAAGCCAUCUGUCUCGAAAAGCAAACAACAAUCCAUAUCGAAUAAAACAAGAUUACUGGUCAAUCGACUCACAGAUGUACAAACACUAAAAGGUCGCCCGGUUCAGAUUACCGAGUUGGAAUUGCACAACAUAUGUCUACUCCUUCUGGAAAUUCUAUCGGACGAGCCCUCCUGUUUGUCGGUCAAAUUGAAUCAGCCACUAAACGUGGUCGGCGAUAUACGGGGACAUUUCACGGAGCUGCUACAAACCUUGACCGAAAUAGGUCACCCACCAAAUACGCGUUAUCUAUUCCUAGGCAAUUAUGUGGGCAGUGGCGAAAGAUCUGUGGAAACCGUCACACUCCUAUUAGCCUACAAACUACUUUAUCCGAAUAAAGUUUUUCUACUUCGUGGUUGUCAUGAAUCAGAUCAACAAGGACGUGCGUGCGGUUUUCGCACGGAAUUUGGGACUCGAUUCAACAGUCGUUUGUGGGAUGUCCUAAUGGACACGUUCAACUAUCUCCCAGUGACAGCUAUCAUUGAGAAUGUGAUAUUUUGCUCGCAUGGUGGCAUAUCCCCAUGCGUAUUGUAUUCCGGUUGUGAGAAUGCCAAACAACUUCAGAACUUUAUCAAUUUGUGGAUUCCACGUCCGUCGGAAAUUGAAACCAAUUUGUUGCUCACUCAUUUUAUCUGGUCCGAACCGGAUGCUCAAACCGAUGGAUGGGAACGAAAUCCGCGCGGUUUGGGUUACCUUUUCGGUGCGAAAGAGGUGCAACAAUUUUGCGAACGGUUCGAUUUCUUACAACUCAUACGGUCUGGUGAUCUGGUUCAGAACGGUUAUGAGUUCUUUGUGGACAAACGUUUGAUCACCGUGUUCAGUGCCCCGGGCUAUAUGAAGUUGUACAAGAAUGAU